UCUCCAUGGCUCCUGAGGAGAACAUCAUGGCAAAUGUAACUUAUAUGAUCCUAUGCCCUUGCCCAGAUGUAUGUGCCAGGCACACAUAUAAAGCUUUAAAGGUCUUAAUAAAUUCAGAAAGAAACAUUACUCUAUGGGUUGAUGAUGUGAUUUCCUCCUGUCACAGUACAGUUGCUGGAACAAUUCUCUAUCAUUUCCAAGAGUUUCUAACAAUUGCUACACAAUAAAUCCAGAUGCUUGAGAAAUUUGUUGCUGCUUUGGCCCCGGUUCCAUCAGCUGCCUCCUUGCAGAGACACGUGCUCAUUGUUUCAUCAGACCAGCACAACUGCAUUUUGCACUGAGAGUUCCUUCUUCUCCACAUGGCCUUUCUACUGGUGUCAGCAUACCUUCUGCUGACUCAUGCCCAUGGCGCUCCAGUUGAGAACGGGGCUCUCAUGGAGACGCUGAAGUCCCAAGUGAUGCUGUUCAGCAAUAAGAGUGAACACUAUUCAGCACAAGUGAGACCUCCCGGAACGAGCAGACGAAUACCUCACACAAUCAUCAUUGGAGUUCGCAAAGGAGGGACCAGGGCCUUACUGGAAAUGUUGGAUGUUCACCCAAACAUUGUGGUAGCGGCUACUGAAGUUCACUUCUUCGACUGGGAUGAGAAUUACGUGAAAGGAAUUGACUGGUACAGGGGCCUGAUGCCGUUUUCAUAUGAAAAUCAAAUAACUAUUGAGAAAACACCAGGCUAUUUUACCUCGCCACAGGCUCCCGAAAGGAUUCAUGAUAUGAAUAGUUCCAUUAAACUGCUGCUUAUUCUAAGAGACCCCACAGAGAGAGUUAUCUCUGAUUAUACCCAAGUCUAUUACAACAGGCUGGAAAGCCACAAGCCUGUUCAGCUCUUUGAAGACAUUGUUAUUAAAAAUGGAGCACUUAAUACCAAAUACAAGGCUAUCCAGAGAAGUCUGUAUGACAUCCACAUGGAGAGGUGGCUUAAACAUUUCCAUUUGGAUCAGAUUCACAUAGUAGAUGGAAAUACCUUGAUCAAGGACCCUCUUCCUGAAUUACAAAAAGUGGAAAGAUUUCUGAACCUGCCAUCCAGAAUUAUGUCUUCAAAUUUUUAUUUUAACCAGACCAAGGGGUUCUAUUGCAUUAGGAGUGAUGGAAGAGAGAGAUGUUUACAUGAAUCAAAAGGACGGCCACAUCCUGUUGUCAACAGUACUGUUUUAGAGCAACUUUACUCCUACUUCAGAGAGCACAAUGCAAAUUUUUACAGAAUGAUUAAUCAUUCCUUUGACUGGCAUUAGUAACUUGCGGGGGGAGGCAGUUUGUUUGUUUUCUAAUGUCCUGCAGUAAUUUAUUUUCAAGCACUUCUCAUAAACUCUGAGUUGCAUCCAACUUGAUAUGAAGAGCAGAGUUUUCUUCUCUGGGGUUUAACACUAGAAGUCCAUUGCAUUAAUGGCGGACACUCUUUAGUGUACUUGGGGGCAAUAGGCUUAGUGUUGGCUUUUAACUACAAUAAUGAACUUGAUUGCACCAGUCCAAGUCCACUGACUUCAAUGGAGUUAUUUCAGAUUUACACUUGUAUAGCCGAGAUGACUCAUUUGUCUCUCUUUAUUCAAAGUUAUAAGCAAAUGGAGUUUGACAGAAAACCAUUCCUUAACCGAUGUAUAACAAAAAAAAGGGUUGUGUAACUGAAAUGGUAUUAUUCUAACCUUCAGGUUUUGUUGACUGCUUUUAUUUUUCUAUCUAGCUCCAUGACAGUGGGAUUGAUUUCUAUAACUUUUCAUACAGUGAAAUAAUUAUAUAUUAGAAGAAAAGAUGACUUGAAGUGGUCCCAUUAUAUAAUUUAAAAUCUUUUUUGUGAAAUAAUGAUUGUAAAAAGUAUAUCUCACUUAAAUGAGCCUCAAGGCUGCUCCCUGUUAUGGCUCCCUCUAUGUAGGGUCUUUAUAUUAAGUAAGACAUUCAUCAUGUGCAUGGGUAUAAAGCCGUUUAACCUGUUCAUACAAGUGUUAAGCGUUUCAUAUCUCCAAUGCAAACAAAUGAGGGCUCUAAAAUAAUCCCAUUUUACACAGUAGACAUCAAGAAGUACACAAGUGUCCAUUUAAUCACAAAAAUCAUGAGCCACUUACUUUUUUAUUAAAAAAAAUACCCUUCAUCAAUACACAAUUAUUGGUCUUGUUUGUAUUUUGUAACCAUUUGUUCCAAUAGUUUAUAUAACUAAUUUGGCACAAAGUUUAUUGCAAAAAAAAAGUUUAAUUGCCUGCUCUCCAAAAUGUGGAGUAACUUUUGUAAUAUCUAUUUGCAAAUCAUAAGAUGUACUCAGAGUGCAAAGUAAUUUCAUGUGGUAUUGUAUACUAUACACACAAUAUUCAAAAUAUCAAGUAUGGGUUUCUGGUUUAUCUAUAAAACUAUACAUCUACAUGAAUGCAUUAGAAUUUGUUUGUUUAUAAUAUAUUUUUACUUGAUAAA